AUGGACCACGUGACGGCAAAUGAGCUGCAGGCGCCCUCCAGACCAGACUGUGCCAUGGCGGGGGGAUGCUUCGGCCUCCCCUCAGCUCUGACUGCCUCGCUCUUUGCCAGAUCCAGGCCGGGACCGCCAGAAGAGCAGGACCGCGCCCGUGGCCGCUUGCGCAGGGCAGUUCAGAGGUUGCUGAGAUUCAUGGGUGUUCAGCGCAGAGCAGCCACGACCGCACCGCCCGAGCUCACGGCACAGCCUGACACCAGCGCAGCCGAGCUCGAGGCGGAGCCUGAUGGCAGCACUGCACCGAGGGAUUGUGCAGCCAGCGGUGACAUGGCACUGACUGAUGUCACAGCAACCUCGGACAUGGCACUGACUGAUUGUGCAGCCAGCGCUGACAUGGCAGCAGCUGAUGGCACAGCAACCUCUGACGUGGCAGUGGUUGAUGGCACAGAGACCACCGACAUGGCAGCAACCGAUUGUGCAGCCAGCUGUGAUGUGGCACUGGAUGAUACAACGGCAACCUGUGACAUGGCACCAUUUGAUGGUACAGCCACCUCUGCCACGGCACCAAUGGAUGGCACAGCCACAUCUGACAUGGUACAGACCGAGGGCAUAGAAACUUCUGACAUGGCACCAGUUGAGGGCACAGAAACCUCUGACCAGGCACCAAUGGAUGGCACAGACACCUGUGACACGGCACUGACCGACACCGGACAAGCUCUGACACGGCACCAACUGAUGUCAGGGCUGAUGCCACGACUGAGAGCAUUGCAGACACUGACUGCACCCCCAUGGACAGUGUGA